UCUGUUACAGUAACAUUUAUGACAAAAAAAUAUAAAGUUGGCAAAGAUUUAAUGCCUAAAACGUGACAAAGAAAACACAAAUGGUGACGCUUUUCAGGCGGCUGCAGACGAGCCUACAGAGUUGUCUCUUCACGGUUCUCAUGGAUAUUAUAAGUUCCGCCUCGCUCGAGACUCCAUCAUUAACUGAGAAUCAUGGCAGAAGUUGCUCCAGCUCCCGCACCGGCUAAAGCUCCGGCUAAAGCCCCGAAGAAGAAGACCGCUAGUAAGGCUAAAAAAGAUGGACCCAGCCUCGCUAAACUCAUCGUGGCCGCCGUGGCCGAAUCCAAAGAGCGCAAGGGGAUGUCUGUGGCGGCUCUUAAGAAGGUCCUCGCCGGGAAAGGCGUCGAUGUGGCCAAAGCCAACAAGCGCAUCAACACCGCCGUUACCAAGCUUGUGACAAAGGGAACUUUUAGUCAAACUAAAGGUACCGGAGCAUCCGGGUCCUUCAAGCUCGCUAAGGAGCCCAAAGCCACCAAGCCGGUCAAGAAGGUGGUGAAGAAGAAGGCUCCCGCCAAGGCAAAGAAACCAGCUCCCAAGAAAGCCACAACACCCAAGAAACCCGCCGCUAAGAAAACAGCAGCCAAGAAAUCUCCGAAGAAGGCAGCGGCCAAGAAAGCUCCCAAAAAGGUGGUCAAGAAGAGCCCCAAAAAGAGCCCGAAGAAGCCCGCUAAGAAGCCAAAGGCUGCUAAGAAGCCUGCAGCCAAGAAAACGGGAGCCAAAAAACCCGCAGCGAAGAAGGCCAAGAAAUAAACAUCUUUUCUCCUCCAACCACUGCUUAAGGCACCAAAGGCUCUUUUCAGAGCCACCAC